ACAGAAAAACUAGCAGCAGUAAAAAGUACUGCAGAGUCUCAGCUCACAGAGAGACAGAGAAACUGAAGCGACAGCAGCAUCAGAACACAGAGGACCAACAUUUACUUAUGAUUUACUGCAGAAUCAGAAUCAGCUUCACAUAGAAAAGCUGCAGUUAACAGAGAAACACAGCGACUGAGUGACAGCUCUGCUGUACAGGAAACUGAUACUGCUGAAAACUGAGCAUCUGAAAAUGUCUUCCAUCACUGAUGAGGAUCCAGAGCUGAGCAUGAAUGUGAAAUACAGCAAAGGAGAGGACAGAGGAGAGAGACUGGAGGGAUGGGUCCUCCUCCAUGAGAAUGUGGACUCCUGCACAGACCAUCAGGUCCAUGUUUCAACACAGGGUGGAGAGCCGCACACUGAGAAUCAUCUCCCAGCAGCCCAAAGAAACCGUUUCAGAGUUCUUGGACUAAUUCUGGCUCUGCUGUUAGCAGUGCUCAUAGUCGUGUGCAGACUCUAUACAGAGAAGCUGAUGUCUGACAAUGAAAAGCUGAUGUCUGAAAAUAAAAAGCUGACGUCUGAGUAUGAGACGCUGAUAUCUCAGAAUCAGAAGCUGACGUCUGAGAAUGAGAAGCUGACAUCGGAUCUGGAAAGGAUAAACUGCCAGUUUGGAAAGGAAAACCAAACAGGGAACACCACAGAAUGGAAACGAUUUGAGUGCAGCUGUUACUACAUUUCUACUGAGAGGAAAAACUGGACAGAGAGCAGGAAAGACUGUGAGAGGAGAGGAGCAGAUCUGCUGGUGAUAAAGACCAGCAGCAAACAUGAAUUUUUCAGAGAGCUGAAUAAACGUGGAGAAUUCUGGAUCGGUCUGGAGACAAAGCCAAAGACAAAUGACUGGUCAACAUGGGAGUGGAAAUGGGUGGACGGAUCACCACUAACAUAUACAGGCUGGAAUCCAGGUGCAAAAUUAAAUCCUGUGGAUCAUUUCAAAGUAUUUAUGGAUCUACAAGGAACAUGGAUGCACACCAACACUGGAUCGAAACACUGGAUCUGUGAGAGGGACAUCUACUGAGAGUUUGCUGGUGACCUCUCAGUCUAACAUCUGUAACAUGUAACUGCACUGUAUCAGAUUUAAACCUUACCAAGGAUUUUAACAGAGAAACUGAGCUGCAUCAGUCUGAAGGUACAACUGUGUGAAGGUAAAAUAACUAUCAUGGUAUUAUGACCUUUAUGUUUUGCUGACAGCGUAAUCAAAGUGAAAAAUAAAUGCAAAGGUCUGUUGUUGUGAAAUCACAGACUGACAGACCUCUAAUUGGUGACUAUGGAUGAAAAUGUCUGUAAUUCCUGAACAGUUAAUGUAAUAAUUUUGUUAAACUCCUUGAAUUAAAGAUGGAAGUCUGCACUUCAA